AUGGAGUUUGGUGAUCCCAAAGUUGAGAAUGUAAAUAUUCGAAGGAAGGCUUUCAUCAUCAUCAUCAUGAGUAGCUGGUUCAAGAAGCCGGAUGCUAAAGAACAGAUGCGUGAGAACAACAGAAAUCUGAGGAGAGCCAACCGCGAUCUGGGAAGCGAUAGGAGAGAGUUGGAACGCAAGGAAAGAGAAUUGGAGAAUGAAAUUAAAAGAGCCGCAAAGCUUGGUCAGAAGGAGACCUGUACCGUGCUCGCUAAGCAGCUCGUCCGGCUACGCAGACAGAAAACGGCGAGUUUAGGAAUGAGCUCGAAACUCACUAGCAUCGCUGCGCAGAACAACCACAUUCAUAGUAUGGGGACGAUGUCACAAGUCAUGGGACAAACUGUUAGCACUAUGAAGACCAUGGAAAAGCAGAUGCCCGUAGAACGUCUGUCCAAAAAUAUGAAGGAAUUCCAAAUCGCCCAAGAGAAGCUUGGAAUAUCGGAAGAGAUUAUGAACAACACACUCGACGAUAUUCUGGACGAAUACGAAGAUGAGGAGGAACAAAACGCGAUUGUGAAUCAGGUCUUGGACGAAAUUGGCAUUGAAUGUCAGAGCAAGGUCUGGUAUUCAAUUGGUUUAGAGUCUUUUGCGAUUCUUUGGAUAAUUUUGAAAGAUUACAUAUCCGUCUUAGUUCCUCCCAACAGGAUUAUAUAA